AUGGACAUGCUAUGGUGGAAUGAUUACAAAAACAUUGGCUUUACCAUCAUUACCAAUCAGUUAAGUGUCAAAUCUCCCCGAGAGAAGUGUAUCGCGAAGUUAACGGAUUUUGAAAUGAAUGUACGACCUUUAACUCCCACCUUGGCGGAUAUAGCGCUAAGGGAUUUAAACGAAACUCCCGAACGUAUUCAACAAGAUUUGCAUAUACUAAGGGAAUGGAUUAAAAAGCAACGUCAUUUAAGAGCUCGCACCAGUGAUCAAUUUUUGGUGGCCUUUCUGAGACGAUGCCAUUUCAGUUUGGAGAAGACCAAGAAACGCAUAGACAAUUUCUUCAGCUAUUACAAUGUAUUUCCGGAAGUUUUCCGAAAUCGCAGCAUAACCAGCCGUAUAUUUGACAUUAACCGUUUGGGGGUUCAUUAUUAUCCCGAAUUUCCCAGAUGUACCGAUAAGUCUGCCAUACUGAUAGCUCGUUUUGGACAAUUCGAUCCCAAUCGUUACAAUGUUCGCGAAAUAUUCCAAUUCAUAAUGAUGGCCAUGGAAAUUAUAUCGGUGGAAAAUGAUUAUGCCACUGUGGCGGGGGUUAGUCAAAUCUUGGAUCUUGCCAACAUAACAUUUGAAAAUAUCAAAAGAUUCGAUCGCAGCAUUUUUGAAAGAUAUUGGACUUGGCUGGAGGAUUGUUGUCCGUUGCGCAUCAAGGAGGUCUAUGUCAUCAAUGCAGCCAAAGACAUACAAUUCCGCAUACACAUGAUAAAGACGUUAAUGAAAAACCAGUUGGCACAUCCGAUUCGUACUGUUAAAUCAAUGGAAGAACUCUAUACCCAUAUACCUCGAAGUAAUUUACCCGAGGAGUAUGGUGGUAGUAAUGGUCAUAUUGGUGAGUGCGUUGCCUAUAUGGAGGAUCUUUUGCACACCUAUCGCCAGUACUUUGAUGAAGACACUCUGUAUGGUUGUUCGGAAGAACUGAGAUCGGGCGACAUAGUUUCCUAUGAGGCAGAGUUUGGUUUAAAUGGUUCAUUUCGAAUGUUGAAUUUUGACUAA